AAUUCUAUUUGACACUUUUGACAGUACAAAGUAACAGGUGUUUCUUUUGAUCUCUUUUGGUUCGUGAACUUUUGUGGUUUUGUGUUAGUUACAACGUGUUUUACCAUCGAAAAAGAUGAUUUCUUGAUAUCAAAUCAUCUGUUUACGUCUAUGACGUGUCAAGAUGUUUAUAGAAGACAUUAAAAACGACUUUUACAACGUCCUCCUUGGUAACAGGGUGUUAUUAUUAGUUCAUUACGACGUAGACGCGAUAUGUACCUGUAAAAUACUGCAGGGUUUGUUUAAAAGUGAUAAUAUUUCGUAUACAUUGGUCCCUGUGGGGGGUAUUGCGGAGUUGAAGCAAGCUUACGAAGAAAACAAUGAGGAGAUAAAGUAUGUGGUGUUGGUGAACUGUGGGGGAACUAUAGACUUGGUAGAUAUCCUGCAGCCUGAAGAAGAGGUUGUAUUCUUUGUGCUAGAUGCCCAUAAACCUACUGAUGUGUGCAAUGUGUAUAGUGAUGGACAGGUGAGACUAGUUUAUAAGGACGAUGAGGAGAACAUUCCCAACUUUGAUGACAUCUUCAGAGAUGAUGAAGAGGAGGAGGAUGAAGAGGCAGGGAGUGGUCGAGAGGGUUUGGAGGCGAUGGUGGAGAAGAGACGCGAGCGGCGCGCCUGGGAGGAGAGGAGGAAUACACUCAUGUUCAACUACACGCAGUUCUCUUACUAUGGGAAACCGAGCGCGUGUGUAGCGGUGGAGCUGUCGUGGCGCGUGUCGCGCGUGUGGUGGGGCGCGCUGUGGGCGGGCGCCGUGGCGGCGAAAGGAAAUGCCAUUACUCAAUUGCAGGGUGGGCGCGUGACGCUGGAGAAGGACGUGAACGUGCCGCUGUACCGCGUGUGGUCGCUGGAGGCGGCGCUGGCGCACGCGCCGGCCGUGGGCCCCGCGCUGCGCCUGCACUCGCGCGCCGGACACGCGCGCCUGCGGCAGCUGCUGGCCGACACUGGCAUCCCCCUCCAGCAAGCUCGUCAAGCCUAUCGUUCAAUGGACGUGGAACUCCGGCGCUCCCUGCUGACGUCCCUGGAGACCGCGGCGCCCAAACACAAGCUGCCCGUACCCAGCCACACUACCUUCCUACUGCAGCGGGUACACUCGCCUACUAUAGCCGCCAUCGACAUCGUCUACGCUAUUUUGGGACUUAUUGAACAUGAAACGAUACCAAAAGCGGAAGGUUUCCAGUUAGCUCUAGAAUGUCUAGCGACAGAGACGGGAGACAACGACAGUCGGAGACUGGGCUGGCAGGCCGCGCAGCGCGCGCUCGAGGCCGUCGCCAGGCUCGUACACUCCACGCUCAGCGGACGGAAACUGCAUCUCGCCGGACCAUUCAGCUACUUUAUUGUGCAGGAGGGCAGUCCGGAGGCGCGCGUGGUGCGCGGCCCCGCGUGGCUGUCGCUGGCGGCGCGCUGGGUGUCUGCGAGCGAGGGGGGCGCGCGCGCCGUGCUCGCCUCCGCGCCCCGCGACACGCACUCCUGCAUCCUGCUGGGGGUGCCGCCCCGCCACCUACACGAGCCCAGGAAUCUAUUCGGCGCAGCGUUCGAGCAAGCUGCGACCAAGUGCGGCGCGUCCGUGUCGUUGGACCACGUCGACACUUCCAUCAUCACACUCCCACUCGCGCAGAGAGCGCAGUUCCUGGAUGCCCUCACUGCUUUACUAGCGUAAUGUUACAUAAUAUAAAGUUGUACGAACUGGUCAUAAGGUAGGAAAUAUAUGAAAAUAAUUAUAUUAGGAAAUAACAUUUAUAAUGUUGUCUUCUAUGAUAGGUUUAAUAUCCCAAUUUAAUAACAGUUUUCGACUUUAUAUUUGAAAUUCUCUGUGUCUAAUGCCGGAAUACUGAAACGUUACUCAAUUUUAAGUCGUGC